AUGGAAGGAACCAUGGACGCCGUAUGCUAUCAUGCCCCCAGAGAGCUCGACAUCGUCACCGUACCGAUACCUCAAAUAAACGACGAUCAAGUUCUGAUCCAAGUAACGUGUUGUGGGAUAUGUGGAACGGAUCAACAUCUCGCAGAAGGAGAGUUUAUUGGGAGGUUCCCGCUCAUCCCAGGACACGAGAUCGUCGGUGUAAUCUCGCAGGUCGGGCGCUCCGUCACCGGGUUCUCGGUCGGCGACCGCGUCGUGGCCGACAAUACCAUCCUUUGCGACGCGUGCUUCUACUGCCGCCGUGGACAAUACGUCCUUUGCGAGAACCUUGAGAGCCUGGGGGUUACGAUGGCGGGAGGGUUCGCUGGUUAUGUCGCUAUACAGAGCAAGAAGAUUUUCAGGAUUUUCAACCUUACCGACGAAGAAGCGACGCUCAUCGAGCCUGCGUCGUGUGCGAUCCACGGGCUGGACAAGCUCGACCCGCCCGUUGGUGCUGAGGUGCUGAUUUUCGGAGCGGGGCCGACAGGUCUGAUCCUCGCCCAAUUACUGAAGCUCAAUGGUGCCUCCAAAGUCGUGAUCGCUGCGAAUAAAGGCCCAAAGACGGCCCUCGCGCGCUCCCUCGACGCGGGCGACGUGUAUGUCGAACUGCCUAGGGACGACCCCGAGGCAGCCCAGGCGCAGCUUGACGCGCUGAAGGAAGAGUACAAGAGGGGCUUCGACGUCGUGAUCGAGGCUACAGGCUCGGAGAAGAUAGCCAACGACGCGAUCAACUUCGUGCGCCGUGGCGGGAACCUGAUGAUAUAUGGCGUCUAUGCGAAGAGUGACGUCGUUCAUUGGUCCCCAGCGAAGAUAUUCCAGGACGAGAUCAAGAUAAUUGGUUCAUUCGCGCAAACCCACUGUUUCCCGCGUGCGGUCGCGUAUCUUGAUAGCGGGAAAAUAAAAGUCAAGGGCAUGGUGACGGAUGUGUUUUCUAUAAGAGAAUUUGACCAAGCGCUGGAGAAAAUGAAGAGCAAAACGGCAUGCAAAGUCGCACUGAGGCCUUAA